CGGGAUCAAAAUCCAAAAUAUACUUGUGGUCACUCAGUGGAGUUUGUGAAUUAAAGUUUGCAUUGGAACAUUUUAUGAGGUCAGGGUGUUACUACAAAAUUGUGCGCUUAUACUUGGUUGGAUUAUUUGCUCGAUUUGAAGUUUGUGUUUGUCUGGGACUUGUACUGUCGGUGAUUGUUGUCGGCUGCUUUCCUUAAUAGAUAUUCUCUUCAAAUGUCACUGACUGGACCUCAACUUCUUCCCCUUGAACUGGUUGACAAAUGCAUAGGUUCUAAGAUUCAUAUAAUCAUGAAAAAUGAUAAAGAAAUGGUGGGAACCUUGCUUGGUUUUGAUGGUUACGUAAACAUGGUCUUGGCUGACGUUACUGAAUUUGAGUUUACAGCCCAAGGUAAACGUAUAACAAAACUGCCACAUAUUUUGCUGAAUGGUAGUAACAUUGUUAUGAUGGUGCCUGGUGGAGAAGGUCCUGAAAUUUAAACUAUAUGGUAUUUUCACUGUAUAUAAAAUAAAUACAAAAAUAAAUUGUUUGUAACAUUU